AUGCCUUCUAACGAUUUUGUCCGAACUGUAUCCCGCAACUUUAGGGUACUGGUGAUCGGUGGCUCGUAUGGCGGUCUAGCUGCUGCAUUGGCCCUCAUUGAUCUUUCCCAGGCUCGCCUGCCCCGUUUCAACUGCAACUCCAAUGCUAAAGCCCCGGCCCAUCGCAUGUCAAUCCAGAUAACCGUGGUUGAUAAAAGAGAUGGCUACUUUCAUCUCAUCGGAUCUCCGAAAGCUCUGGCCUGUGAAGAAUUUGCUUCUGAGGCAUGGACUCGUUUCCAGGACAUUCCCGGGCUCAAAUAUCCAAAUCUCAAGUUCAUCCAAGGAAGCGUCAGCUCGGUUGAUUUCAACGCCAAAGUUGCCCAUGUGGUCGAUUCGAAUACCAAUAGCAAUUGUGCUGAGUCCUAUGACUACUUGAUUGCAGGCUCUGGGCUGCGCCGAAACUUCCCCACCGUUCCACAAUCCUUGCGCCGAAGUGAGUUCCUGAAGGAAGCCAAGAAACAUAUGUCAGAUGUGAAGCAUGCUCGGGGGGGCAUCGUUGUUAUUGGAGGAGGUGCCGUUGGCGUGGAAAUGGCUGCCGAAUUGAAGAUCCUCAAUCCAGAACAGAAGGUGACUUUAAUCCAUUCUCGAAACCGCUUGCUAUCUUCGGAGCCGUUACCAGAUGACUUUGCCCGGCGUGUGGAGUCUAUACUGCGUGAAACCGGUGUUGAUAUCAUCCUUGGACAACGUGUUAUUGAGACUACGGCUGUGGACACAAAGAAUGAGAGCCGAAUCUGGAAUCUUACUCUCAGUGACGGUCGACUCCUCAAGACAGGUCAUGUUCUGAAUGCUGUCUCACAAAGCAUUCCAACAUCAACAUAUCUCCCCAAGGAGGCAUUGAACGACGACGGUUAUAUCAAAGUACACCGCUCGCUGCAAUUCUCCGGCGCAGUGCCUAACGCAGAGCACCAUUGGGCAGUAGGAGAUCUGACGGCGUGGGAAGGUAUCAAGCGCUGUGGUGGUGCAAUGCAUAUGGGCCAUUACGCCGCCGUAAACAUCCAUCGGCAUAUGAUGGCAGAGUGCACUGGUGAAAAGCCAGAUUAUCACACUCUGCAGCCAUUCCCCUCGGUGAUGGGUCUGGCUAUCGGCGAAAAGGCCGUCAGUUAUACCCCGGACGAAGGCACUCGCGAGGGGGAAGACCUGAUGAAGAGCUUAUUUGGGAAGGAUAUGGGGCAUACUAUUUGUUGGAAUUAUAUGCGUCUCGGUGAGGUAUACUAG